GGUUAACAUUAACAGCUGAUGAGAUGAUGUUUGUUUUCAAAAAUAAUUGGCAAUGUUAUAAAUACCCCUAAACGUUUUGAUUUCUAAUAAUGCUUUUCGUUUUUACUGUAUUCCACAAGUGAAAAGUCGCUCAUGAUGGUGAAUUCAGAAAACUCUGAUUGGGAUUACUGUCCUUCAGAAAUAUUGUUGUUAAUAUUUAAAUAUUUAGAUAACAAGUCUCUUUUUAACUGUAUGACUGUUAACAAGAGAUGGUUCUGCCUUGUGUCCACCACCGCUCGUAGAACAGGAUGGGAAAAUAUGGUGAAGUUUGGUAUUUCUGAUAGUGGAGCGUCUUUUAGAAAAAAAUCUAAACUGGAAUCCAGGGAUAUUAUAAUUAACCAUUGCCUCUGGCAGAAUAUAGAAAUAACUAGUGCUGUGUGUCAGCGCAGUUAUGAAUUAGAUGAUUUACUAAAUAUUAAUGUUUAUAAGGGUGCUUUAAUUUUGGUUGGUACAUCAAAUGUAUCAUAUUAUGACAUUGAGAGUAAUGCUUUAUUCAAGACUUCUACUGGUUCAUAUGCUGAUUAUGAUGAAAAUGAUUACAUGAUAUCAGCAUUACAAAAAUGUGACUAUUUAAAGAUACUAAAUUUAAGCCCUAAACGAGAUCCACAUUCUUAUUGGGAUGACACAGAUUCACAAGCUUUCACAGUUCCAUUAUACAAGAUACAUGACGACUGCUGCUAUGUAACAACUACAGACAGAUGUCUGUUUGCGUUGAAAUGGACCGAGGAGCUGUGGGAUUGGAAGCUGCUCGCUCGUCAUUACGGGCACGGUGUGAUAGUCGACAUUAACGUGUACCAGGACGAAGUUUACGUGAUGCUUAACUGGGGCGGUCUGCUGAAAGUAGACCGGGUAGGCUUGAAAUUCCAGCCGGGUUAUUGUUUUGAUAUACCCAAAUAUUCGAAUCCAAUGCUGUACCAAAAGUAUGGUGCUAUAAUCCCAGUUUCCAAUGAUUCGCCGUUCAAAAUGAAAUACCAGGAUUCUGAACAUUGGGUAUUAGAAUGCCCGGGUCUCACGUGCACCCUGGAGCACGGCGACAUGUUGAUGCUGGGCUAUGAGGAUGGUAAAGUUGAAAUAUAUGAACCACGAAAGAUGAAGUGUCCAGAACCAAAACCCAUACUCAGCUUAAAUGUUCAACAGUUUGCUAAAAGUUACGAUACGGACAAUGUUGCGGUAUUAAAACUGGAAGUUAGCGAAGCGGAGUUAUCUCACGAUUUAUUUAUAGCUACAAAAUCAACUGUAUAUCAAAUAAAAUUAGACCACGAUGAAAGUAUACGAAAUUGUAUAUUGAAUGAAUGCAAAUAAAUAUUAAUUUCUUUGUAAUAUUUCCAAUGGUGAUCUAACAUAGAAAGAAGAUCAGUUAUGUCCAAAAUCUCGAUAUUUUUAAACUUUAACGCAGUGUUUUUUGUCUUAUAGAACAGCAUAACAUAAGUAGCUAGCUGGAUAUCAUGCCACCUAUAUUUAACUAUCAACGAAUUUCUAAACUUCUGUAAAAGUUUCAACUGUGCGUGGGGCGCACUAACCUGAAUAAUUUAGUCAUUAUUCAAAAAUAUAUACGUAUUAAUUUUUUUUCUAAAAAUAUUCUCCAUUACUAAACUUUACACUUUUUAUACUCUACACUUACAAAAAGUGUCACAGGUUCUACGGUCUUCCAAAGACAACUUCCCUUUGGUGAAACCUGGUGUAUAGUGUGGUGAUAGUUCGUAUAUUGGACAAACGAAGCGGACAAUAGGGACCUAGGAAUCGGGCGAACGCAGAAGGUUUAUUUUAAAUUUAUAAUUUUUGUCUUUGUAAUGGUUCUUGUUUUGGUUACCUACCUGUCAAUAAAAAGCCCUAUAUACUAAAUAUAUAUUUCCCUUUCAAUUUGUAUGACUACGCAAUAUUUGAAAUAGCAUUUAAAUUUUAAUAUUUCUACGUUACAUUUAUAUUAUUUUAGGGUGUAAAUGUAAAUAGAUAAAAUAAUCUGCAAUUUAGAGGAAAACUGCCGUAAUCUAAAAUGUUGAC